CCAGUACUGUUUGGUUAUUCGGGAAUUUCGACAUUGAUUCAUGUAAAAAUGAGUUGGAUCCAGAGGGUUGUUGCAAUCCUCUUGUCAUUUUGUUGCGUUGAUGUGCUAGCGUUAACUCUAAGUGGGCAACAUUUAAUAGUCGCACAUCCAGGGAAACGCGAAGCUCUACAAAACCUGGUAACAUGGGACGAACACUCUCUAUUCGUUCGCGGUGAGCGGAUCAUGCUCUACUCAGGAGAGUUUCACCCGUGGCGUCUUCCUGUGCCUGGUCUCUGGCUGGACGUCUUCCAUAAGAUCAAGGCUCUUGGUUAUACAGGCGUAUCGUUUUAUGUUGAUUGGGCUCUGUUGGAAGGAAACCCUGGGCAUUUUACCGCCGAGGGAGUGUUCGCAUGGGAACCGUUUUUUGCAGCUGCUGCCGAAGCAGGAAUCUACCUCAUCGCCCGCCCAGGUCCAUACAUCAACGCCGAGGUAUCCGGUGGGGGAUUUCCGGGAUGGCUUCAGCGUAUCCCUGACAUUCUCAGGACUAAGGAGACCGGUUAUGUGGACGCCACUGAGAACUACGUCGCCCAUAUUGGCAAGCUCAUUGCCGAUGCCCAAAUCACGAAUGGCGGGCCAGUCAUUGCUCUUCAAACGGAAAACGAAUACACCUACGGCGCUGAUUGGAUCAAGUGGCCAGAUGUCGCAUACAUUGAGGCCGUUAACGAGCAGUUCCGGCGUGCCGGUAUUGUCGUGCCCUUGAUCAACAAUGAGGCGGCCGUUAUUGGUCUCUUUACCCCUGAGAAGCCUGGCGGUCCCAACAUCUACGGUCAUGACAGCUAUCCUAUUGGCUGGGAUUGCGCCAAUCCAGAAGCCAACUGGGUUGCUGGAAAACUACCCACAGACUGGAGAGAACUUCAUCUCCAACAAAGCCCAGACACCCCAUAUUCUGUCGUUGAAUUCCAGGGUGGAGCUAUUGAUAACUGGGGUGGGCCAGGUCUCGAAGGGUGUGCUGUCAUGACCAACCACGAAUUUGAGCGAUUAUUCUUCAAGAAUGACUUCAGCUUCGGCAUGACAAUUCUUAACAUUUAUAUGACAUACGGUGGCACCAACUGGGGCAAUCUAGGACAGUCAGGCGGAUAUACUUCGUACGACUACGGCGCAGCGAUCAAGGAAGACCGAACGAUUGGCCGCGAAAAAUAUGCCGAAGCAAAACUAAUCGCAAAUUUCAUCACUUCCUCUCCGGCAUAUCUGGAUGCAACCCCCGGCAACCUCACUAACACGUCUUAUGUGAGCACAACCGAGCUGUCAACCACCCCAAUUUUCGGCAAGACCACAACUUUCUACGUAACGCGGCACUCAGCUUACGAAUCUCUCGCAUCAACUCCAUACGUUUUCACUGUGCCGACAAGUAUCGGUAAUGUCACCAUUCCACAACUCGGCGGCAGCCUGACGAUGAAGGGCCGCGAUACCAAAAUCCACGUCACGGAUUACGACGUGGGUGGCAUCAAUCUACUUUACUCCUCUGCAGAUAUUUACACCCACAGAAGGACGGACGGGAAGCGUGUGCUUCUCAUGUACGGCGGAGCAGGCGAAACCCAUGAGCUUGCCUUCUCAAAUAAGCUUGGCAAGCCCAUCGUUGAAGGCGGAUCUGCAAAGAUUGAGACCAAGGGGUCGGCCGUUGUGGUGCAAUGGGAGGUUACGCCAACGAGAAAGGUUCUGCACUACGGGAGCAAUCUGGAUGUCUAUCUGCUCUGGCGCAAUGACGCGUUUAAGUAUUGGGUCCUGGAACUCGAGGCACCUGCUCCAAUAGGCAACUACUCUUCACAAAAAAAGGAUACCAUCAUCGCCAAAGCUGGAUAUCUCUUGCGCACAGCGACGAAAAUCGGCACGUCUCUUCACCUCACGGGUGACUUGAACGCAACCGCUGAUCUCGAGAUUCUCGCUGGUCUUCCCGGAUCAAACAAUAUCUACUUCAAUGGGCAAAAGGUUCCCGGUGUCAAGUCCGCAAACGGGCGGCUUUCGGCCAUAUUGACGUACUCGCCACCAUCCAUAAAUCUCCCAAGCCUCGCAGAUCUGGACUGGAAGUACCUCGACUCUCUUCCCGAAAUCAAGCCCGGCUACGACGAUUCCGCAUGGGUACAGGCCGACCACACCACGACCAACAACACUGCUCGCGACGAUUACGGCACCAUGUUCUUGUUGAAGACACCCACUUCGCUCAUCGCGGGUGAUUAUGGCUUUAGCACAGGAUCGCUUAUUUACCGUGGAUACUUUGCCGCAAAUGGAAACGAAUCAUCCCUCUACCUCUCCACGACAGGUGGCUCCGGCUUCGGCCACUCUGUCUGGAUCAACGAGACCUACGUCGGGUCAUGGUCAGGGAAUGGGUUGUUGAAGAGCUACAAUCAAACACUCGCCUUACCUUCCAAUUCAUCAUUAAAACGGGGGUCACAGUACGUUCUCACUGUGCUCAUUGACCAUAUGGGCCAAGAAACAUCCUGGACCCCCGGCUACGACACGAUGAAGACACCACGCGGAAUCAUUGACUACUCGCUCUCUGGGCAUGUGAAAUCUGACAUCAGCUGGAAGGUCACGGGGAAUAUGGGCGGCGAGCAAUACCGCGACCAGCUUCGUGGGCCUUUCAACGAGGGUGGGAUGUAUGCGGAGAGGCAGGGGUAUCACCUGCCGAAUCCACCCACCGCCGACUGGGAUAGUGCGUCGCCGCUCGACGGCAUCGAUUCAGCUGGAGUCGGAUUUUACGCUGCGAGUUGCGAACUCGACAUUCCUGCGGGCUAUGAUGUGCCCCUGAGUUUUGUAUUCGCGAACACUACCGAUGCAGGUGGAGCCCCGGCCGAUUUGAGAGUGCAGUUGUAUGUUAAUGGUUGGCAAUUUGGGAAAUACAUCAACAACCUUGGUCCUCAAAUUGCCUUCCCGGUCCCCGAAGGCACACUUAAUUACGCUGGGACAAACUACCUCGCCAUCACACUCUGGUCACAAGAGGCAGACGGUGGCAAAUUAGGAAGUCUGGAGCUUGCUGCUGACGCUGUAAUUCAAUCAGGCAUGAAGAAGCCCGCCCUGACUUGGGAUGAUCAAUGGGUAGAGCGAGAUGGGGCUUUUUAAGGAUUUCUAAGUACAUGUCACUGGAGCUGUUAAGGGCAAGCCACAACGAUUCGCAACAUUAAACAUCGCGAAUUCACGGCGUUGUUCAAAAUACAACACUCUGGCAACCUAGAAAAUAACUGUGGCUUCAUAGGAAGCUGAUAUCGUCCUGCCUUCGAACAAACUGUGGGGCUACCAGAGUGUAUCAAGGAUCUGCAUAAUAUAUUUCUUCACUACUUAAUUUGGUCUUAAGCCUGGACGCUAGUUAGGUCCUAUUUUCCUCGGUACACUACACGAAACCUACUAGCAGGUUUAUACGAAGCACGCCCCGUAGCAAAGAGCAGUG